AUGAACAAUCACGAAAAGUUUAACGAAAGAUGUCUUCCACCCAAAAAAGAAUUUUACAGCGGAUUAACGGGAGAAGAUAUCAGCGACGAACAAUACGAACGUGCCAGGAUUGUAUGGAAGUCGUUCGACAUGAAAAAUAUGCUGGAUUAUCACAAUCUGUAUUUGGUUACGGAUACGUUGAUAUUAUCGGACGUGAUCGAGAAUUUUAGAAAACAAAGUCGUAAAACAUACGGAUUGGAUCCGUCAUGGUAUUACACGGCUCCGGGAUUAUCGUGGGAUGCAUAUUUGAAAAAGACUAGGAUCAUUUUACAAUUGAUUACCGACCCGAAAAUAUACGAAUUUAUCGAAGAGGGAAUUCGCGGUGGUGUAAGCACGUCGGUGAUGCGAUACGGUACGGCCGAUAACAAAUACGUGGGAAUUUCCGAAAUUCCGGAAGAGGUUAUAGAGUUGUUGAAAGAAUUAGAUUUGAAGAUUCGGAACGAUCCCACCGAGAUUCACAAAAAAGUUUUAGGGUUUGAGAACAAACUUUGUAAAUUUUUAUGGGAUUUUAGUCAAGAGGACGACGACAAAAUCAUGACGUACGUUACAAGAAAUCUAACGCGAUGGGUAACGAGUCUUCGGAAUCCAAAAACCGACGUACCAUCUACGUUCGUCCCGUAUUUGGAUGCGAAUAGUUUGUAUGGGUAUGCCAUGAGUCAACCGUUACCUUACGGUGAUUUCGAAUGGAUGACGAAUUUCGAAAAAGAGUGGGACCGGCUUCCGGAAGGAAAAAGUUGUUUUGUAAAAGUGGAUUUAAGGUAUCCGAAGGAAUUUCACGACUUUCAUAGCGACUAUCCACUUGCACCCGAAAGAGUAAUGACAGAAAGCGAUAUUCCAAAAUUGGCUCCGAAUUUACGAGGUAAAAAAGAAUACGUCGUCCACGCAAGAAACUUAAAAUUUUAUUUGGAUCACGGGUUGGAAUUAUUAAAAAUUCACGAGGGAGUCAUGUUUUCGGAACGACCGUCGUUGGCCGAAUAUAUUCAUAUGAAUAUCGAACUUCGUAAAAAAGCUACGACGGAUUUCGAAAAAGAUUUUUAUAAGUUGAUGUGUAAUGCUGUUUUUGGAAAGACGAUGGAAAACGUAAGAAACCGUACGGAUAUCCGUCUGGUGAAUAACGAAAAAGAUUGGAAUAAAUUAGCGAGAAGACAGAAUUUCGAAAGGGCAACGAUCUUUUCGGAAGAUUUGUUAGCGACCCACAUGAAAAAGACCGAGACUUGUUUGGACAAACCCAUUUACGUGGGAGCCGCGAUCUUGGAUCUGAGUACAAUUCACAUGUAUAAAUUUUUCUACGAUCACCUGAAACCGAAAUUCGGUGAGAACGUGAGAUAGUUGUACACGGAUACGGAUUCGUUCAUCUUACGUGCAAAAACCGAAGAUUUUUUCAAAGGUAUUUCGAACGAUGUAGACUAAUGGUUCGAUACGAGUAAUUUUCCAAAAUCUCAUCCGUCGGGAAUUCCGUGUGGGAAAAAUAAGAAAGUAUUGGGAAUGAUGAAAUUCGAAACGGAAGCCGAUCAGAUUGUUGAAUUCGUCGGUUUGCGAGCAAAGUUGUACGCAUACAAAUUGGAGGACGGUAAGGAAGGAAAAAGGGCGAAGGGAAUCAAGAAAGCAACGAUCAAGAAAACAUUAAGAUACGAAGAUUUUAAGACUUGUCUUUUCACGCGCGAAAGGCAAUGGCGUGACAUGGAUGUGAUUCGAAGUUACAAGCACGAUCUUCGUACGGAAAGGAUCACGAAAGUGGCAUUGUCCGACUACGACGACAAGAGACACGUUUGCAAGGAUAGAAUCCAUACGUUGGCCUGGGGUCAUAAGGAUAUUUCUGCGAGUAAGACUUGAAUUUACUGUAAAUUCAAGUGUGCCCUGCGAGUAAGACUCGACAGUAACUUCCAGUAAAUUUUGAGAACGUUCUGUAGAACAUGGUGAGUAAGACUUGACAACAACCUCCAGUAAAUUUCGAGGACGUCCUGUAAAACGUGGUGAGUAAGAUUGCAGUAAAUUUUGAGACCGUUCCAUAAAACCUAGCAAGCAAAUUUUAAGGAAACACGGACAAAUUCCAAGAUUUUUUCUUGUAUAUAAUAAAGAAAUGACAGAAUCAAAAUCUUCGGACCCAGCGACGAUAAUCACGACGAAACCAUCGAAAAAAUAAAUGAUCCACGUAAAAUAGCGUUAGGUAAAAAAUUGGCUGCGAUCAGUUUACUGGCAAAGGCAACCAAAAAGGUAAUAUUGGAAGCGGAAUUAAGGGGACACGAUAUGAGUGAGAUUCUAGUAAAUUUCCAGUACGUCCUGUAAGAAUUUACAAGUAAAUUCCUAAGAUUUUUUUUUCAUACAAUAAUAAAGAAAUGUCAGAACUAAAUCCUUCGGACCCAGCGGUGGCCGUCUCGAAAUUACCGGAACAACCGAAAAAAAUCAAAGAUCCACGUAGAGUAGCGGCAGGAAAAAAUUGGCGGCGAUCAGUUUACAGGCAAAAGCAGCAAAAAAAGCAGGAUUAGAAGCGGAAUUAAGGAAAAAGUGUAUCGCCGAACACGAUGAAACUUCGAUGUUUUCCCUAGAAAAACUAUGCAUGAUCUUUGGACUUGGAAUCGGUCUUGGAUUCUUGUAUCUCGCAUGGCAAGGUCGCGAGGAGAAAAAAAAGAGUCUCGCGAAAGUGGACGAUGAUGUUUGGUGUAAAUAG